CAAGGUCCAAGUGGGAAGUGCCAGGAGGAGACAUUUCUUCCUGGAAAGGGCUGUGGGGCAUUGGAACAGGCUUCCUAGGGCAGUGGUGGAGUCACCAUCCCUGGAGGGGUUGAACAGAUGGAGAUGAGGUUCUCAGGGACAUGGGGUAGUGCCAGGGAUGGGGUAACAUUGGACUCAGUGAUCCUGAGGGUCUUUUCCAACCAAAAUGAUUCUAUGAUUCUACAAAUUGGAGUUGUCAGCAGUGUCCCUGUGCAGAGGGCAGAGACCCUCUGGUGCUGCUCUGAGGGGGCAAACAAGGACCCCGGGUGGGAGGGUUUGGGGAUGUCCCUGGGAGCUGACAUCAGGGGCUCCCCUCAUCCCAGCCCUGCUAGGCUUCUCCUUUCCCCAGGGCAUUGCGGUGGCUUUAACCUCCUCUUCCUCCCCUCCCCGUUCUCUUGUAGAACCUCGGCCACGUACUGCAGAUGCUGGGGGGAGGUCAGACCCCAACCCCACGGGGCUCAGCUCUCGCCCCCCACACCGCUGGGCACCACCAGGUCCCUGAUGUGACUGAGGAGCCUGGGCCAGCCCAUAAGGCGAAGCCAUCCCGCCCCAUGACGCUGCAGGCCCGAACCUGCCCCGCAGCUGUUCUGCGGUCCCAGCUGAGGCACGGGAGCGAGGCCCAGCGUGUGGCAACCCUGAGCCUGCUGGGAGAGCUGGCCCGCUCUGACGCUCCUGUAGCAAGGAAGAAGCUGCCCCAGGUGGUGGCAGCUGUGCAGCUGGUGUGCAACGACCCCAGCGCCCAGGUGCGGAGGGCAGUUCUGGAGUUCAUCUGGGAAUUGCUCAGCUCCGGCUCCCAGAGCUGCUGGCCACGGGAUGUGGUGGGGCACAUCUUCAGCGAGUACAGCCGGAGCUCGGGCAGACUGGCGGCAGGAGGCCUUUUUGCCUGGGAGCCCCAGGAGGACAGAGCUCUUCAGUCCCUGUGCGUGGACAUCCUGGGCUCGCUGGAUGUCACUCGGAGAGGGAUGUCCCAACUCCUGUGGCCCAGGCUGCUGCAGUACGUGGUGCCAGCCCAGUACAGCGGCGUGCUGAUCCCGCUGUCCCGCGGCCUGCGAGCCCUGCUGGAGAGACGGGAGAGAGCGGGAUGUGAGGAAGAGGAGGAGCCCGAUGCUGUGGACUCGCAGGAGCAAGGUAGGAGCCCCAGGGAGUGCUGCUGGGUUUGGAAGGGGCUCAGGCCAGUCUGUGUCUCCCUGUGCCCCAUGAACCCUGAGCAGGAGCCCAGGAAAAGCAAAGGGCAGAGUCAGGCUCUGGCUCCUGGGGAGCCGGGGGCUCCUUCCUGGCCGUGCUGGAUCUGCCUUCACCCCAUGCGGGGCAGCCUGGGGAGCCCCCGGGCCAGCACUGUGGCCGUGCAGCUGCUCUCAGCCCUGUGUGGGCCACAGGAGGUACGAGGGUCAGGCCACGGCGGGGCCUCUUCAUCUCACCAGCCUUUCCCCCUCCCCGCAGCCCGGCUGCCGGCUCCCCAGGCGCUGCUGGCUCGAACGCUGGUGCUGGCGGCGGCUCCUCACACCAGCAGCGGCCGCGCAGUCGCUGCCUUGCAGCUGCUGCAGGCCCUGCAGGGCUGGAUCUGCGGGGCCUUGGGGACAGCGUGGGCCACCGAGAUCCCCCUCCUGCUGCAGCACCUGGCAGGAAGAGCCGAGAGCUCCCUGGACUCUGCAGAGUGGGAGCAGCAUGUGCUUAAGUUCUUGCGAGCAUCCCUGAAGCUCAUUGAGGAUGAGACCUGGAGCGUGGGCCUGAGCCAGCAGCUGAGCCGGCAGCUGGGCAGCUCUGCCCCCGGCUCCUGGCAGAAGGUUUGUCUCCUGCCCCACACCGGGACUCUGCCCACGCAGGCAGUUUUCACUGCUUCACCCCCAAACUGCGCUUCCCCCCGUGCUGCCCCGGCCUGGCACUGCGGGCAGUCCCGCCUGCUCCUGGGGGAGUCGGGUCAGUCUGGGGCCAGCCCUCUCCUGACAGGUCGGGCUGUGACCGCAUCUCGGGCUCAGCCUCUUCUCGUUCAGCUUUUCCUCUACAAGGCUCUCGGGACAGCGCUGGCAGGUUGUCGGGACCUCAGCCACGUCCAAGGGCAGGUGCUGAGGUUCCUCCAGGACACAGACUCUGCGGAGCUCUCUGAGACCCAGGGGAUGAUUUCUGUGGUGUCCCAUGCUGCUGAGACCCACUUCAACCUGGUCUUGGACACAGUGACCGCUUUUACCAGAGACAGGUUUUAUGAGACUUCCACGGGCUGGAAGGCACAGCUGCCGCAGGGCACAGAGAGACCUCAGGCCACUCGUGCUGCUCUGAUGUGCGUGUACAGCGGCAUCGCUCUGCGUGCCCCCAGGGAGCAGCUGCUCGCCCGUGUGGAUAGGGAGAUCAUGGGCACCAUCCUGCAGCUCUCCAGAGUCACACAGAGGGAGAUGCAGCUCAAGCUCGCCCUGGUGCAGAGUGUCACUGAGGUCAGCUCUGCCAUCCAGACUGUGGGUGAUGCUGGCAGCUUUGAGCUGUCCUCGAAGCAGGAGGUGACACAGACCCUGCUGGACUGGAUCAAGGAGGAGCCUGCGGACUCCCUGGUGUACGGAGUGUUUCAGGCCCUGGAGGAGUUGAGCAAGCUGAGGCCAGCGCUGAGCAGGGAGGAGAACCGCAGCCUGCUGGCAGUGUGCUGCCAGGCUGUCCUGUCCUCUCCUUCCUUCCUCUUAAAUGGGGAAAACAUCUGUGAAGCUCCUGCUAGAACAGCUGCAGAGUGGUGAAGAAUGAAUGUGGGACAAAUCACGUUUAGAUGCUUCACUCCUGUCACUUUCAGUCAAUAAAGGAGCCAAAUAACAUGCUUGUGAUUUAUAAACAUUAUUUUAAUGUUCAUGGCUUUUACAUGUUACACAUCCCAGGGUCUCAACUGCUGCAGUUCAUAUAACGUACGGUGAACAGGGAGGCGCUGAGUGUCCCAAAGCACGCCUCAAAUCUGUAGGAUACUCUUACCUGGAAACCUCAUUGGACAUUUACUCUUUGGUUUCUGAGUGUGUUCAACUAGGUAGUAGUUUAUUUUUAAUGCAUCGUAUUAAAUUUAUUUUAAACCGCUUUUUUCUAAUCUGUAAAAUAUGCAAUGUGACUCAAUAUGUUUGAAUUGAAAUGAUUUGUCAGGUGACACGUAGUGGAAAUAAUCUUUAUUAUGACAGUGAUGUUUUUCUCAAGUAUUUUGCCAAGAAAAGUGAAUUUCUCAGAUUAAAUGGGUAGAAGUCAGCCAAUACCUUUUUCAAAGAAUGUGAGUUUGUCUCCACCUCUGUGACUAGUUGGAAGUAUUUGAGUAUACAUAAUGUAUACAUUAAAAACAAUUAAAGGCAUCGCUGAUGUUAUACUUGUUGUGUGUGGAUAUUUUUUCCUGUUGCUUCAUAGUGGUCCAGGCAAACUCAACAAAACACACCAGCAGAGUGUGAGUCAGUGCACCUGAAGCUGGAUCAUGUAGCCUUGAUCUUUAUCACAAGAGACGUGUGAUUCAAUCAAACUCAACGAAUAUUGCUGAACUGAUAUAUGUCCACCUGUAA